ACGCGACGCGUUGUCGAGAGGUGGAGCGAGACGGAUCGAGAGGGCGAGUGGAUAAGCGUGGAGGGGGCGUAGCGUGGGGGGGAGGGGGAGCCGAGCGACGACGGAGCAAGCGAGAGAAGUCGGUUAUCGCGUCGGAGAGGGGAACGACGCGUGAAAGACAAGGAGGAAAAGCAGCGCGCGUUCCUCGUUCGCACAAUAGAGUUAACCGUGAAGAGUGUGCGCGCGCGAGUGAGACGGUCGCGGCUCACGAACGAAGAGAGGGAAUGAUAGUGGAAAAGAGAAAGAGGAGAAACGCUGGGGCUGGCGGACGAGUGACGGAGAGAGAAAGAGCGAGGUAGAGCGAGAGAAGAGAGACGGGAAAGUCGGUGGUGGAAGGAAGAGAGGUCGACGGUGAAAGAGAGAGAGGAAAGGAGGCGAACGAGCGAGUAAGAGACGGAGGACGGUACAGAGUGGCGGUACACGGGGCGCGAGAAAAGCGGUAGUGUGCCGUGGACCACCGCACUGGCAUACCGUGGUUCGUUACGAUCCCCUUCGUACGUCGCUUCGUACCGAACCUCGCAGUCAUCAGCGAAGUCACAUUUCGGCUAGUGCUAGUGCAGUGCGGACAGAGUCGGAGCGGUCGCUUCGGUCCUUUUAAAAAGUACGACCAACGUUUACGAGACACGCCACGGGGCCCCGGGCCUGUGUCACCGAUAACACAGCGAGAAAUAUCAUAUCGCACAGAAAUCAUUUCGAUACGACAGACGCACAGAGGAGAAAGAGAGAGGUCUUUCGCGAGGGAGAGAUCGUCGCGUGCCGGCCGACCGAACCGUCGACGGGCGCGCACGCGGUAGAGAGACCCACAGCCAGUUUUAUAGCCCGUCUUAUUACCCCGGUUUAUUGCGUCGUAACGGUUUAACGAUCAUCGCUCGUUUCCACCACCUAGACCGCCGGUUUACACACUUGCCGGUAGCGGUAACCAUAACAAGCCCAUAAAAGCCCCCGCCGCUGCCAUGAGUCCCAUUCGGAAUUAUACAUCUACGGCCUACUGACAUUGACACUCUUGGGUGCAACCGCUUAUACCUACCGAUGACUUUUAUGACCUCUUAAAACGGUUUAAUGCCCGUUUGCUUGUCCCUCGUCGACGCUGUCACCUGUCGCCAGCCGCGUCAAACAGCGUAUCGGUGCUCGACGCGACGCGCCUACCUCACGCCUUUUGGCGCGAACCACCACCGGACACACACGGAGUAGGAACGACAGCGACCACCACGACCACAUCGCCUCGACAAUUCUCGCCUCUCGUCCAACGAUCGUCGGGGUGCCUUUCGAACGGUGAACGGACCUUUUCCACCAACUCGGAGAACGCGAACGAGAUAACGGGUCGCGCGGAGCAUGGACUCUUAACAUCGCUCGUGACUGGCCACGCAACAAAACACACGAUCGUGUACUCGGCGGCCCUCCUUUUUCCGUCCUCUCGAAGGAUUCGAAGAGAUCUCUACGGAGAACAGUCGUCUCGCGAACACGAGGCCCUUGCCUUUUCGCCUGCUCGCCCUCGCGUGUUAUUUUUUUUUGUUUCUCGAGUGGCGGUGUUUCAGUGCAAGUGAUUCAAAAUACCCGGGAUAAUGAACUCGUACUUUGAGCAGACUGCGGGUGGCUUCUACGGAAGUCACCACCAUCAGACAGGAGCCGCCAGUCAACAUCACGAUCCCGCCACAGCCGCGGCCUAUCGAGGUUUCCCUCUCGGCCUGGGUAUGUCACCUUACGCAUCUACGCAGCAUCAUCAUCACACGUCCUCGUCGUUGGGCAUACAUCCAGGCGGAGGUACGAACACGAGACCACCUCAAGAUUCGCCGUACGACGCGAGCGUCGCGACGGCCUGCAAACUUUACUCCACGACACCGGAGGCGACCGGACACACCACCUCUUCCUAUUCGACCACAGCAACCAAGGACUGUAAGCAACAAGAUCAGGCAUCGGCGCAUCAGAAUGGUUACGCUGCGGUGAUGGCAGCCGCGGCCGUCAAGGACGUUUGGCAGUCAGCGACCUCGGGGUCGAACAGUCAGAGCAAUUCGGUGGUCCGUCCUUCGGCGUGCACUCCAGAAGGGACGAGGGUUGGUAGCUACGGUGGUCUCGUAGGCGGCGACCCGGCAUCGAGUCCUGGUAACAACAGUUCCUCGAGGUCCCUCACGUCGUCCUGGAACACCUGCAGUUUGAACUCGUCCGCGAGCCAACCGGUUGCCACGCAACUACAUCAGCAACCCACCAACCAUACCUUCUACCCCUGGAUGGCUAUAGCAGGUAAGGAAGAUAUUGCUAAGCCGCAUUGGACAUGGUUGCAAGGAGCGAACGGAAUGCGCAGGCGCGGCCGACAGACCUACACGCGCUACCAGACGCUCGAGCUGGAGAAGGAAUUCCACACGAACCACUACCUCACCAGGCGGAGGCGGAUCGAGAUGGCACACUCGCUCUGCCUGACGGAACGGCAGAUCAAGAUCUGGUUCCAGAAUCGGCGGAUGAAGCUGAAGAAGGAGAUACAGGCGAUCAAGGAGCUGAACGAACAGGAGAAGCAGGCGCAGGCGCAGAAGGCAGCGGCAGCAGCGGCCGCGGCUGCGCAUCAGCAGCAAGCGGCCGGUGGGGGACCGGAGGGGGCCAACUAGGGGUACGCCCUGCACCGGAGCCCCCCUGACCACCCCACCACCAAUCCACACCACCCUCUGCUAGCACCGCAAUGUACACAGCUAUAUUAAAGGUGAGUGGCAGGCUGCAUCCACUGUCUCUGUAAUGCCAAAUAGAUGGUCGAUGUGCGUAUCUGUCGAUCGUCAAUUUAUCGGUUGCGGCGAAUCGGAUGCUGCACCCGGUGAGUGACGAACCCGCCUCCCGCUCCCCCGCGCGCCAGCACCACCAUCACCACCACCACAACAACCAACCCUCUAUGGAACCUCCUGUAGCUCACUUUGACCAAUAAUCCCGCAGACCAAUCAGUAUCCAAGUGCACAGUGACGUCCGUACAAGCCUAGUAUUGUCGUAGUCCCCCCCGUCUGUCCCGUCCCCUUUUCUGGCCUCUCUAUCUGUAGUCCCUGCUUUGGCGCAGUAGUGUGUAGAUAGAGGGGGUGAGUUAUACGGAGUAGUUCCGUUCGUUAAAACAACCGAUCUCCGUCCGUCUCUCGUUUUCGAGCGUGAAAGGUCGACCGAGAGACGACGAUACAACCGCGCGUUAACGCGUCCAAAGAGACGAGGAUGAAGAGAACGAUGGGGGAACAUUGCGUGUUGUGCGUCUCUCGAAGGUCUAUCGGACGUCUCUCGUCGUCUCAUUGUCUCGGUUUGUCAUAUAAUUACGAACGAAGGAGGCGCGCUGGGGUGCGCGCAAUUCUCUGAAACCUAAAUACGUAACGAGAAGCCUACGAGGUAAUUAGUAAGUUAACGCUUAGGAAGGUGGACAAAGUAUCCCCGAGUGUCAUCCAGGUGGCGAUCGACGAUGUUCUCGAAGGAUCGGGGGGGUUGUGUCGGUGAAUUUGUCGAUUCUAUCGACGCGUUUCCCAGUGACAAGAAGAGAAUUCUCGCGAAUCUCGAUUGUACAGAAAAGAAUGAGAAAGAAAAUGCUAUACAUUUCGCGAAUGCUACCUUCCUCCUCUCUCCUCUUCCCCCCCCCCCCCGUUUUUCGUUUACUUAGCGUUGCUCCGUUUGUUUCGCUUUUUGAUCGCGCACGCUCGACGAUACGCGAUCCCUUCCGCAGCGUGUUAUGCUACGACUGCUGUUGAUGUUAUGUUUUUGUUAAUUUUUUUUUUUUAUUGUCUGCGAAACGACACGAGAACACGUUUCUACCGUCGCCGUGUGUCUCGUCGUUCUUCGAGCGCGGCUCGCCCAUUUCCAUGAGAAAUUACAUCCGACGGAUGAUAACCGUCGUCCCGGUGCUGACGAUCUCGUCGGGCACGGCGCGCGAUAAAAACGUGUUUCUUUCGAUCGGUACAAAAUAUCUAUGUUGAUGUUCGAUAAUUUUGUUAAAUAUUAUAUAUAGAAACGUUUAUGCGAUAUACGCGCGUGCUGGGUAGCUAGGAGGCACGCGCGUUCGUCUCACGAGUCGAAUGUAGCUUUUUUCCCUCUGUACGUCGAUUACCGCUUUAAGAGAGAAAGGAGAAAAAUGAACAAGAAUGAGGUUAAAGAUGCAAACAGAUUCCUUCAUCUUCGUACUAUUCCUUUCCCUUCCGCUCUAUUCCUUCACAGUUUCUCUCUUCCUCUUUCUCUCUCUCUCUCUCUCUCUCUCUUUCCUCAUCUAUACGCGAAUCGCUUCGAUUGCUGACUCUCGGUUCAAGCAACAGAAUCGAACGAAACUCCGAUAGACUCUAACGAGCAAGAUUAUUACAUUGUACGUACCUACCUAGUACCUAUAGACGCCUACCCGGACACGAAGUGUGCGUGGCGCUAUCCUAAGCAAGUAAAACAACUAUUCUAGUUAAUGAAUGUAUACGAAUAGCCGCUAAGAGACACGCAAGAGUAAUAGGUAAACGCAGUAUUUCUAAGAGGAAUGUAAUGUUAAUAAUUAUUUAUUUUGUGGAUCUCGGUGAAAACGGGAAGAAUGGAAAAUUGCAAAAAAAAAAAUAACGAUUAAAAAGGACAAAAAAAAAAAGAAAGAAAGAAAGAAAGAAAGAAAGAAAGAAGAAGGAAACGCGAAACGUUGAAACGAAUAAUAAACGAGCAAACAAAAAAAAAAAAAAAUUAUAUAUAUUAUAUAUACGAAUAUAGAAAGAAUGCAUUCGUCGCUCUGCUGUGCUGUAACGUUUUAAAAUAACGGACUUUGUUUCUCUUUAGGCAAGUUAGGCCUAUAUCUUAUAGGGGUAGGCGUUGUCCAUGCGUAGUGUGGUAGCUAGCCGCAAUCAUCAUCAUCGUCGUCGUCGUCAUUUCUGUAAACGUAAUUUCUUUUUCCGACGGUGGCGAGAAGAAAGAAAGGAAACGGAGAACGCACAAGGCAAAACACGCAGCAUCCUCUUUUGUAACAUAUUAGGGUUAUCGAUUGUUUUACCAAUUUGGAUGCUGAUUGUAUGUAACCCGCGAGAGCGACCAGGGCCGCACCUGCUGCCUAUGCGUGAAACGUGUUGUAAACGAAGAAACGGUGACCUUUUCGUAGGGGCGGUUGCUGUUCUGAACGCUAUUGUAAUAUUACCUUGAUUAUACGAUUGCUAAGGAAAAAAAAGGAACAAAAUAAAUGCGAUGUAAACUUGA